AUGUUGGCCAGGCAGGCGCAGCAAUUUGAGGAAGAGUCCCUCGCUCUAGGCGCCUCUCUCGAUCACUUGCGGCACGAGCUGAACGUGCCUCGAGAUGCGCUGUGGUAUGGGGAGGGGGCCCUGGCCAGCCAAGCGGAGGAGAUCAGAGAUCUGAAGCAGGCGCUGGGGAAGGCCGAGGAGCAUAGCGCGGAGCUGCUCGGCGAGAGGGCCGCUGCGACCGAGGCCUUGCAGCAGGGGCUCAUGUUGGCCAGGCAGGCACAUCAAUUUGAGGUGGACUCGCAGGCUACUCAGGGAGUUGCAGCAAGGCUCCCGUCGGUCGAGCAGGAGGGGCAGCCGGUGCAGCGGUCCCCGACGCAGGCGAUCGCGGAGCGUGAUUCCGUGCAAGAACAGGAGGCGCAGCAGUUGGGCGAGCUGUCCCUGACUGGCCACGAGUCGUGGCUCCGAGGCCUGAGGCAGGAGCUGCAGGUCGUCAAGCUGCGGAACGAGGAGACCCUGACCAUGUACGGCACAGCGGUCCGUGCGCUGCUGCAGGAGCUGCGUGGCGCCUACCGGCGUGGCGCGGAGGCGCGUGGCCAGGGCGCGGCCCUGGCCGAGCGCCUGAGGGAGGAGGUGGACGCCUCCCUGCAGGCGCAGCAGCUUGGCGUGGCGGCGCUGGCGGAGCGAGAGGCCUCCUGCGAGGGCGCCCUGUGCGAGCUGCAGGCGUCUCGGGAGGCACGGAUGCGGGCCGAGGAGGCCCUCGAGGCGCACGAGAGGGCGCUCGAGGGCAUGCGGCAGGAGCUCGGGGAGGCGCGCCGCGGCCCAGGGCGGGACCUCAGGUCUGUCGAGCAGCUCGGCGCGGAGGCGCUGGCCGAGCGGGACGCCCUGCUCGAGGCCGCGCGGCGCGAGCUGAGGCAGUCGCUAGGGCGUCGAGGCCUCGGCCAGCUCGAGGCGGCGCGUGCGCUGCGCCAGGGCGACGAGGCCUCGGCCAGCCGCCAGCUUGCGCUCGAGGGCCUCCAGCGGGACCUUGAGGCCGCACGGCAGCAGGGGUCGGCGGCGGCGGAGAUGCAUGAGGCCUCGCUCCUGUCAAUCCGUCAAGAACUACAGCAGGCCCAGCAGGCGAUGCAGCGGGGGGGCGAGGCGCUGGCCGGGCAAGAGGCAGCCCUGGAGAACUCGAGGAAGGGCCUGCAGCAAGAGCUCAGGUCGGCGGAGGCGGAGCUGGCCGAGCGGGACGCCUCGCUCCAGAGCCUGCGGCUCGAGCUGCAGGGGCCGCGGAGCGGGCAGCGGCGUGGGGAGGAGGAGCGUGCCCACCUCGAGGAGGCCGUCGAGCAUCUGCGGCAGCAGCUCCUGGCCGCACGCCAGCACGGCCUGGAGCUGGUGGAGCUGCAGCAGGAGCUGCAGCAGGAGCUCGAGCCCAUCGGCCGGCCAGGGGAUCUCCGCGGAGAGGCUGUCGCCGAUGGGGGCGGCUUGCUCGGAGAGGGCCUGCAGCACGAGCCAGGCCUGGUCGGGACGGCACGGCCGCCAGGCUCCGAGGCGCCGCGUGAUGGGGACGCUGCGCUGGAAGCCCUGCGGCGAGAGCUCCGCGAGGCGCAGCUGGUCGGCCGCGCGGUGGCGGCCGAGCAGGGCGCCUCGAUCUUCUUCCUGCAGCAGGAGCUCCGGGAGGCCCAGCUCGAGGCCCUGGCCGGCCGGGAGGCCGCGGCGGGAGCACUGCCAGGCGGGUUCCCCGCAGCGCCCGGGCACGGUGCCCGGGAGGGCGCCGACGAGCUGCGGGCGGCGGACGGGCUGCGACAGGAGCUCCAGGAGUUCCAGGCGCUGCUGCUGGGCGCGGAGGCCUUCGCCCAGGGCCAGGCGGUCGUGGAGGCGUCGCCUGGUCGGGAAAAGGGUGCGCGAGUCGUGUUGGUGCAGCUCGGCUCUUGCGGGGGCCCGCUGUCGCAGCCCCACCUGCGAGGCCGCGGGGGCAGGUACCGCCUGGAGGUUCUCGCCAGAGUCGUGGUCGUAGAGGUCGUCUGGGUCGCCGGUUACAGCAGGUCUUUGGCUCGCCUGGGCGGGCCCCUCUGGAGGCUGCAGGUCAUCAGUUCGCUCAUCGGCACGAGGAAGCUGCCGGAGACACGCCGGAAGAGCAGCGCCCACGCGGGCCCGCACCAGGUCUCCUUCGCGCACGUCCUGCCGGCCGCGCACUGGCACACCGACCAGAACUGGCAGGUCAAGUGCGAGGACCUGAGGGCCCGCAUCGCCUCGCUCUUCAACUGCCACAACCUCAGCGACGUCACCUUCGUGCUCGAGGGGAGCCGUCGCCUCCCGGCGCACGCCUUCGUGCUCGCCUCCGCCUCGCCGGUCUUCCAGAGGCACCUGCGCCAGGAGGAGCAGGACGCGGGGGCUCCGCCCUGGGCGCUCGGGGCCGCGGGCUCCCUCGAAGGCGGAGCCUGCCUCGCGGGCGAGGGCGCCCCCGAGCGGCACCGCACGCUCGUCGUCCACGACGCGUCGCACGCGGCCUUCUUCGAGCUCCUCCGCUACAUCUACACCGACAGCGCCGCCAUCACGCUGGACAACGUCCUGCCCCUCAUCCUCCUCGGGGACACCUACCAGCUCCCGGGCCUCGGCCAGAGGUGCACGGAGUUCCUGCGCGGGGAGGUGGCGCCGGGCCACGUGCUCCGCGUGCUCCGGAUACUGGAGGAGCUCAUGCUGAAGGCCUGCCUGACGCUCUGGAAGGAGGUGGUGACCGAGAAGCAGGCGCAGGAAAAGUUCCGCGCACUGUCGCUGUUCGAGCGGAGAAACGUGGUUGACGGCCUGGCUGGCGAAAUCGACGCCCCCACGGAGGCUCGCAGCGGGAGCUGGGAGCGCCUGGGCGGUGGCCGCCGCUCCCUCCGCGCCUCGGCUGGCAGCAAGUGCUCGGCGUCCAGCGGGCUGUCCGGGGCGUCCGACCACUCGGCGAGGUGGUACAACAGCUCGAGGCGCAACUCCUCGGCCAUGGAGGUCGAGAGGGGCGACUGGGAAGACGGCUCCUUCAAUAGGCCGGCGGAUCUUGAUGUCGCGCAGGGCUUCUCGAAGAAGAAGGUCACGUUCAGCACCCUCGACACGAGCGUCAGGACCCCGAGAGGGGCGAGAGACCCUAGGAGCCAGCUGAUGGGGUACGCGCCGCUUGCCGAGGAGAUUUCGAUUCAGUGCUGGAAGCGGCCCGCGAGGGGGUCCCGGCGGUUCUCUGGGCCCGACAUGUGGUGUGUGGGCCUGCGCACGCUGCGCCAGCUGCUUAAGCUGCCGCAGUGCAGCGUGCCCGAGAUCGCGUUGUUCAACGCCGCCAACGAGUGGGCCAGCAGGCGCUGCUCUCUGCUCGGCCUGCCGCCGGGCCCGGAGAGCAAGAGGGAGGUGCUCAGGGCGGACGACCUCGAGACGCUGCUCCUCAUCCGCUUCCCAGCAAUGACCUUGGAGCAGUUCCAGUGGGAGGCGCCGCGUUUGCCCCAGGAGCAGAGAAGGAACAGGAGGUGCUCCGCAUCAUGA